UUAAAUCUUGGAUUCUAAAGAAUGCACAUUUUAGCGUUAGGUUAUUAUUACUGUUGGUCUUCGACUACAUUCUUGGAAAGCGAAUCGGUUGCGAAGCGCAUUACACACCGCGUGACAACCACUGAUCUGUAUGAUAUAUCUGGAUAGCUCAUUGGCGAUGACUUGUGAAGCCACACGGCCGCCAUAUUGCUACUCGCAAGAAACACUUCUCGACCAGCUUUCGCAUUCGUGGUGAACUUCUUUUAUUAAUUCGGAUCGGACACAAAUUUCGAUUUAAGAUGCCUGCACGUGCAGCUAUUAACUGCACAAAUCGCCAGUUCAAAGGCUGUGGACGAACAUUUCACGUUUACAACAUGCUGAACAAGGCACCGAAGUUAAAAAAUACAAUCAAAUCGAAGAUGAAGAGCAACACUACCGUGAGACCGGCGACUGAAGCAAUGAUUGAGCUCCUCGCUCUGCUCUUCAUGAACAAUUUGGCCGAAGAGGCAAAGACCAAAGCCUUUGAGGAGAAAUCUGCUACAAUCAGGGGUCGACACGUCAAAGCUGUCCACAAGAAAGUGCUGAAAAGGGCACGUGGAUGAAGACCGUGAAUGUACUUGUGUACGCCGUUGCAUGUUUCCCUAGCCACUGUUUUAAAAAAUAUAUUUGUUAUUAAUUUUUUUUUUAUUGCCCAAGCAAAAUUUCUUCAAAAAUGUUUGCUGUGUUUUUGAUUAAGGUUUUUUUUAUAUGUAUACAUUUACUUCUUGUGUUUUUUCUAUUUUUAAAACCCAAGCUUCCCUGCAACACACUACAGAACACAUUUGUUUUUGUACUUUAUUGUCAUAAGGAUAGUAUUAUAUUAUAUGAUAAAUGAUCACACACUCUUUACAUAAAAGCUUGUUUUGGAACUAUUAAUGUAACAUGCAGGGUUGUGUGCUAGGGUAAAUGUGGAAAGGCACCUUUUGAGGUUUUAUUUCUUUGCUGGUACGCGUUCCCCUCUAGCCGCUGCUCUUUUUCAUUUUAUUUUAAUUGUGUCUGAUUUUAUUAUUACAAUGUCCGGAUAAUAAAGCGUGAUGUUGACUCGCUA